UGUUUCCAGCCCUGCCCAAGCCCCGCUUGACGCGCUUCCUUCGCCCUCUCUCUCUCUCUCCUAUGUCUCUGGUUUGGAUAUUUUUUAACUGAACAAUUUCGAUACAUAUUCACCUUCUAAAAAACAAGGGAGUCUCUGUGGCGGAGAUGAAGUCCGUCUUUAAUCGAAGCUUCCCCCCCUCCGUUUAGGAAAGCCGGCGUGUUUUUAAACACUGUUUUUAAACGCGGAUUUGAUUUUGUAAAUAUCUCUGAAUGUUUUUCCACUGGCAACUGAAUAGAUAGACUUUGCGAGAGAGAAAUUUAUGCAAAAUGGGGGGGUCGGUUCGUUUAUUUAUCUUUCAAAAGCGAGGAUGUUUUUAAUAAGACAGGGGGGUAUAUUUUAAUACAUUGUAUUAUUAUUAUUAUUAUUAUUAUUAUUAUUAUUAUUAUUAUUAUUAGAUACACGUUACAUCGGAUCCACCAGAUAUUCCAGAUUGUGGUUGUUUUUCUUUUUGUAAAUCCGGCGAUGCGCACAAUACGAAUUGAUGAAGUCAGUAUUCUGCUAUUGUCAUUAUUCUUAUUAUUGUUGUCAUUCGUACAAUAGUAAUAAUGCAAAGCCUCUGAUAGCUCCCCUCAUUCCCGAACCCUGUGCGCUGAUCCUUUCGUGUGGGUCUGUCGUCGUUCGAUGUUUUUUAAUUUCACCCCAGCCACCCAAAAAUGCGGAUCAACUGAGGAGACGCAGCCCGGCUAUACAGGGAAAAGAAACCCGGGGAUUUAAACACAGAGUAGCGACAUCCAUGAUUCAGGAGAGUGGAGAGAAUGACAGCUGUGUGCUUUCGAACUGAACCGAUUCUGUAAAUAUAUUCAUGAGAGAGAGAGAGAGCGAGAUCGAGAUCUAGCGCUAUAUAAAUAUAAUUCAAUAUAUAUAGAGAGAGACACACUCGCACUCAGGGAACAUGUCAUCCAGAUCAGCGCUACCUUCCGGGAAUGAACGGAAUGCAGAUCAUCAUGCCUCUCUGACAGGAAGCCGCUCUGAGAAGGGCUCUGGUUGGUCGAGCCGGUCGCUGGGAGCUCGCUGUCGGAACUCCAUCGCCUCCUGCACCGACGAGCAGCCGCACAUCGGCAACUACCGGCUGCUCAAGACCAUCGGCAAGGGCAACUUCGCCAAGGUCAAGCUGGCCAGACACAUCCUCACAGGCAGGGAGGUUGCAAUAAAAAUCAUUGACAAAACCCAGCUGAACCCGACCAGCCUGCAGAAGCUCUUCCGGGAGGUGCGGAUAAUGAAAGGCUUGAAUCAUCCCAACAUAGUGAAGCUGUUUGAAGUGAUCGAGACGGAUAAGACUCUCUACCUGAUCAUGGAGUACGCCAGCGGGGGUGAAGUGUUUGACUACCUCGUAUCUCACGGGAGGAUGAAGGAGAAAGAGGCGCGAUCCAAAUUCAGACAGAUCGUGUCGGCCGUGCACUACUGUCAUGAGAAGAACAUCGUUCACAGGGACCUCAAGGCUGAGAACCUGCUCCUCAAUGCCGACUCCAACAUCAAGAUUGCUGACUUCGGCUUCAGCAAUGAGUUCACUCUGGGCUCCAAACUGGACACCUUCUGCGGCUCCCCCCCCUACGCAGCCCCCGAGCUCUUCCAGGGCAAGAAAUACGACGGGCCCGAGGUGGACAUCUGGAGCCUGGGAGUCAUCCUCUACACACUGGUCAGCGGAUCACUGCCCUUCGACGGGCAGAACCUCAAGGAGCUGAGGGAGAGGGUGCUCAGAGGGAAGUACCGCGUCCCCUUCUACAUGUCCACUGACUGUGAGAACAUCCUGCGCCGUUUCCUGGUGCUCAACCCAACCAAGCGCUGCACCCUGGAGCAAAUCAUGAAUGACAAGUGGAUCAAUGCUGGCUAUGAGGGGGAUGAGCUGAAACCACACCUGGAACCGCUGGAGGAUUACAGUGACGCCAAGCGCAUCGAGGUGAUGGUGGGGAUGGGAUACUCUCGUGAGGAGAUCAGAGAUGCUCUGACCAAUCAGAAAUACAACGAGGUGACAGCAACGUACCUGCUGCUGGAGCACAAGAACCAAGAGCUGGAUGGCCUGGACUCACGUUCUGGCAGCAGCCUCUCUCUGGCCCGGCUCCGCCCCAGUAAUGACAUCACCAACGGAACCAGCAAGCACCCGACAUCAUCGACGACGUCAUCGUCAUCCUCGCACAGCAAGAGCCAGCGCAGCUCCUCCACCUACCACAGGCAGCGCAGACACUCAGACUUCUGCGGCCCCUCCCUCCCGGCCGCUCUCCCGAAGCGCAGCCCCCCCAGCACGGGGGACUCUGAUCUGAAGGAGGAGCGCAUGGCGUCCCGCAAGGCGAGCUGCAGUGUGGUGGGGAGCCGCACCAUCCCCCCGAGCAGCCCCAUGGUGAGCAGCGCCAAUAACCCCAACAAGGCAGAGAUACCGGAGAGGCGCAAAGAGGCCAGCGUCACCACUAAUAACAUCCCUGCCAGCGCGAUGACCCGGCGGAACACGUACGUGUGCACCGACCGCUCGAGCACCGAGAAGCACUCGCCGCUGCAGAACGGCAAGGAGAACAGCUCUGUGUCUCACCGCGUGCCGCCCCCCUCCCCCUCCUCUCACAGCAUUGCUGCGGGGGCGUCCUGCUCCUCCUCCUCCAGUGAGGAGCGCUCUCGCCUCUCUCGCGGCUCCUCCAUCCGCAGCACUUUCCACGGAGGCCAGCUCCGGGACCGGCGGGGCCCCCCACACACCCCCACCUCCCCCACCCUCUCCCAUGACGCCUCCCCCCUGCCACAUGCACGCAGCCGGGCCACAUCCAACCUGUUCAGCAAGCUGACCUCCAAACUGACACGCAGGGUCACUCUUGACCCGUCUAAACGACAGAACUCAAACAAAUCUGUCUCCGGCUGCCCUCUACCGCAGGCGUCUAAAACAGUUAACGAACCUGAGAGAGUCUGCAGACCUCCGAUCACAAGUGGCUGUCUACCUGGGGAUUCGAAAGCGCUCGAGCCCGGGGGGAGCGGGCGGGGACCUGGCUGGAGUUUGAGGGUGGGGCGGGAUCCCUCAGAGGUGCUAGGGGCAGUGAGGGAGGGGGCUCAGGGCUGUGGGUGUCAGGUUCACCAGGCUGGCCCGUUCCUGCUGUCCUGCACGCAGGGAGUGGGGGGGACGCGCGUGGUGUUCGAGGCGGAGGUGUGCCAGCUCCCCGCCGGACCCCUCCUCACCAGCGCAGUGCGCUUCCGAAGACUCUGGGGGGCGCCCACGGGCUUCCGGGACAUCGCCAACCGGAUCAGCAGGGAGCUGCAGCUCUGAGGGGAGGGGGGAGAGGGGAGAGGGGAGAGGGGAGAGGGGAGAGGAUUGAAACUUGACGCACGCGCGCACACACACACACACACACACACACCCCUCCUCUCCUCUCGUCUUGUCUCCACUCCUCUCCUCCAAAAUUUCUCAAGUAUGUGUAGCUCUGAGGAGGGAGAGAGAGUGGGGCUUGAAACUUGAAAAGACACACAACAAACCCAGCAAAUCCUCCUUUCAAAUCUUCAAGAAAAUGUAGCUCUUAGGGGGUGCUGGGUAAGACACCCCGUACCUCCUCUCAUCCCCGUUCUCCCAUCUCCCCUCCUCUCUCCUCCCUCCCCCUCUCACCCCCUUCCCUGGAAUAGCCUGUUACUACAACUUGAAUACCAGCCUGCAAUUCUACACUCUCACACACUCACUCACACACACACACUCUCACACACACACACACACAAUUUUUAAUUUUAAUUUUUUAAUUUUUGUUAUUUUAUUUAGUUAACAGCUGCUAUUUAAAGAAAAAAUAAAUCUGUUUGUUUACAAAGGUGGGAAGAAAAUUCUGAUUUUGCAUUCCCUUCGUCUCUCUCUCUCUCUCCUCCCUCUCCCUUUAGAUGUAAUUAUAAUGAAUGGCCACCUGGUGGUGCUCUGCACUGUAUAUUGAAAACAGUAAGUAGAGGUAUUUUAAUUGGGGAGUGACUUGGCUCAGUAUUUUUAUUUCUUUCCCCCAGUUUGAUUUCAUUGUCAACUUGUUAGGAGAAACUGUGGCACCCCUUUUUCUACAAGUCAAUCACCUGAACCAAUUGGGAGCUACAGCCUCAUUCACAAAGUCUCUCCAUAGCUAUAUAAUACUGAAAGGACUGUCAAAACACUGCAGAGCUGUAUAGAGGUCUAUAGGAAAGAGAACUCAACACUGUAUAUGAUAUAUUAAUAUAUACAAUGGUAAAAAGAAUGAGUGGUGUGGGGCAUUCAUUGCCCUUUUGAUCACACCCUGACCCCUUACUUACUAAACACCCUGAAUAGAUAAUGAUCUCCUCUUUAAAUGUUUUUUUUUUAAAAAAGGGAUGCUGCAGUUGUUCUUGAUUGUCCCUAAACAGGAAGUACAAUUCAAUCCCUCACACCCAACUGUCAUUCACGGGAUUGGUUUUUCAUCUCAUCAGAAAGUUUACGAACGAGAGGAGGCUGUUCAGCCCAUCAGAACUUGUCUGGUUCAUAGCAGCUGCUUGACCUCAGAACUUGUCAAAUCGGCAAUAAGGAUGCCAGUAAUUCUGUCUCAGCAUGCCUAGGCAGCCCAUUCCAUCCCCUCACCACUCUGUGUGAAGAAGUGUCUCCUUCAUCAACAUGACUAGGCAGCCCAUUCCAUCCCCUCACCACUGUGUGAAGAAGUGUCUCCUUCAGCAACAUGACUAGGCAGCCCAUUCCAUCCCCUCACCACUCUCUGUGUGAAGAAGUGUCUUCUUCCCUCUGUCCUCAGUCUGUCUCCACUUCAUUUCCCCACAGUGUGUCCUCUGGUUUAAAGUAUUGGUUCAUGUUAACCUCGUCAACUCCUUUUCAGAUUGUAAAGAAUCGAGUAGUGAUUGCUGUGAACAUGGCUGAGCUCAAACUGUAAACAUGAGGAGAAGCUGAAACCAGCAAGAAUUUGAAACCCAGUCCCAUGAAUGAUAUGAGAGAGAGAGAGAGAGAGAGAGAUAUAUUGAAUCGUGUACAUCCUGGUUAGUGUACCUUUAGACAAGACACUGAAACAGAAGAGCUGGUGGAGAGCGAGGGAGAAGGGGACAGAGAAGAUGUAGAGAAGGGGUGAUGGAAGGAGAGCAGAUAGGGAGGGAGGGAGUGAGCCACAGGCAGUAGGCUGGUCCUGGGAACGUGCUCUCCUCUUCACACUCAGUUUUGUAUUUGAGUUUGUUACAUGAUGGUAUUGUUAUUCAAAUCCCUGUUGUAAUUCCAUCCCUCUCUCAGUGCUGUGGAGGGGAGAGUUGUUCUUCAAUAAAGCAGUAUUAUAAUUGCAGGUCCGCACCCCUUUGUGUGUCCCAGGACCCCCUGGCAUUCCCAGGAGAAAGAAAGGCAUUCAGAACGCAUUCUCUCUGCAGCCUCUUUCUGGAUUCCAGUAGUCUUGGAUUGAAAGUAGAUUCUUUUUGCAUUCAGUUUUUUUGUUUUCAAUCUAGUUGGAAUGUGUAUUUGAAUAUAAAGAGACUGCAGAGAGACAAGCUGCUGCAAUGCACUGUAGCUGUAUUGCAAUAAGUAUGUAGGUUUACAGUACAGAACUUCAACGAAAGCAUGCAAACAGAAUCCGCUUGAAUCCUAAACGGAUGUAAAUAAUUAUUGGAAUGUAAGCAAAUCUACUUGAUUCUAAUAUGAGUCUGGGACACAGCAAAGACUGCAUUAGAAUGAAUGCAUUUUGAAGGCAGAGUGGCAGUCAAGGAGGUUCCCAGCCACUCAAUGAACUUUGGCAGUUUCUCUUAGUAUUUUUGAAUCUACAACCCUCAGUCUGGUGCUGAAGAUGGUGCCCCCUGCUGGACCAGCCUGGAAGUGUCUUAGCAGCAGUGCAUCCUAGGAAAGCAAGUGGUUGUCUCUCAGCCAAUCAGAAACCAGCCUGCCCCCGCUCUUUGAUGCACUGACAGUGAGAGAGUGAGACUCCCUUAGUUAAAGUACACUGGGUGUGAUUCUCACUGUACUGGAGUGUGGAGUGAUACUGGAGCACAAGUCAGUCACACGUCUGCAGUGCAUCUUACCCUGUUACUGAAGUGAGCGAUGAGGCACUCUACUAUACCAGGAACAGAUUUGUCUGGUUUUAUAUAUUUUUUGCACAUUUGCCCAGCAGAACCCUGACUAAACAAUGGAUGGACUGAUACAGACUAACUACACUGAGCCUUCACAGACAGCUGCCUGUCCACCCCUCAAUCCCUCACUCUCACUCUCUCUCACUCCCACUCCCUCACUCUCACUCUCUCUCGUGCUCCCUGUACAAACCCCUCUGAGUGCUUGUAUUUGUAUUAUUGUGUAGAAAACAAAGAAAAUGGUCGAGUUUUUAAAUUAAGUUAUUAUAUUGAUGGCCCUUCUCGAGGGGCCUUUAGAUGUAAAACUGGGGGGAUAUGGACCCUCGCCAAAUAAAAUUCACCGGUAUUGGA